AUGAAAUUCUCUCCGCCCAUUUUGGCGGGAAAGAAUAAUGGCGGAUGACAAGCCUCCACCUUCAGUGACUAGAAACACACCUUUCAAAAGGAGACAUUUAGAUUCAAAGACUGCUGUAGCUUCUCCUGCCUUUAAGACGCCAAGAUUUGUCCCUAUUAAUGACGAUGAAGCUGAGAGAAGGAUAAGAAGGCGGGAAAACCAAUUACGUUCAGCUGUGAGUCCUGGCUGCAACACACCAAGGAGUGUAGCAAAGAACCCUGAUGGAUCUAAUACUCGUGGGAUAGAUACAGGGACGUCAUCAUUUACCAAUGCACAGAUAGCUGAGCAUUAUUCCGUGUGUGUCAAACUAUCAACUGAAAAUAAAAUUAAUGCCAAGAACGCAUUUGGUCUACAUUUGAUUGACGUGAUGGCAGAAAUGCUUAGAAAGAGAGGAGAAAUGACCAAUUUUCAAGUUGCUGGUUGUACACUGGAUGCUAGUGCUAAGAUAUAUGCUGGUCGUGUCGACUCCAUAUACAAUGACGCAUGUAAGAUGGUUGGAGGACUUGGAAGAUCUGAUAGACAUGGUGAGGCUGAAGAGAAGGAAGGGGAAGAUGGAGAGACUGGAGCUCCUCAGAAAAAGAAGACAAGAAGAGGCAAUACUGUGACUGUCAUUGAAAAGAACAUCAAAUCACUUGAUGUCAGUACUUUUGAUCUGGAGUUUGAAGUUGAUCCUUUGUUCAAGAAGACAUCAGCAGAAUUCGAUGAAGGAGGAGUGGAGGGUCUGCUAUUGAAUCAGUUGAACACUGAGUCUGAUCAUUGUUCCUUGCUAUUUGAUGCCAAUGGUAAACUGGCACUAACAGACAGACCAGCUCCUUCUGACAGUCAAUCACUUAUAACCAAUUCUGAGCUAACUGAAUGCUUCAGAAGAUUACACAAUUUUCAAGAGUCACGUAUCUGUCAAACGUUUUCCAAUUUUAGAUUCAACGAAGAUGAUAAUGAUACAACUCUUACUCUCCCUCCAAUAAACCCUGACUAUUGUCAACCCCCUUCAACUGAAGUUGACUAUUCGUAUUUGAAUUCAGGGCCUCAACCUGACGACGAAAACUGUGCUAAUGAAGACGACAGCUUUGUAGGUGAAUUCCCUCCUACAGUGUCACCUAAUUCAACUAGCAUUAGAGAGCCAUUGAGACAAAGACACGAUAAUCCAAUGGGUAGUUUAUCUGAUACUAUUCAAGUAUCAGAAUAUUCCUAUUUCGAUCCUACGGUCAUAUCGGCCUGGGCUGGACCACAGCAUUGGAAAUUCAGACCAACCACUGUCAUGAAGGCUACGAAUAACAAAGAUAGUGAGCAAGUUGGUCAACAAAAGAAGAGACAGGCUAGGGUAGUGUUUAGAGUGGAUUUCAAUGCAACUCUUAAGGAGGAUCUCUUUAAAAAGGGAAGAGCAAGUACCACAAUGUCGAAAUUAUUACUAGAGAGGAUGACUUCAGUUCAUAAUGUCCUUCCUCACUGUGCAAAGACUGAUCAAUCCGUCCUAUAUCAAUUAUUCUGUAAAACCAAAGUGAAGAUCAGGAGAUCAAGAAGACUUGAAAAUGCCUGUGAGCUAUCAGAUGCCGGUGAUCUGUACGGUGAUAGCAUCCAUGAUGAUGUUCAGACUUAUGAAGAUGAUGAUGAUGAUAUAAGAGGAGAUUAUGAUGAAGCAAGAGUGAGUGGGGCACAGUUUAUGGACAUGCUAAGCGACAGCAAUAACAUUAAUUUAAUAGAUGAGCCUAUGAAAGUAUGUCAGGUAGAUAUUGAUUAUGCUAAACAAGCUAAGAGGAUUGAUGUGAAAAGACUUAAAGGGAUCAUGUGGGAUACAAUAUCAAAAGAGACAAGUCAAGAUUCCAGCCUUUCCUUUAGUUCUUUAUAUUCAAUCGUAAAAGCACAAGCUCCAGAUUUUAUGGCAAAUGAACUCUCUAUUCCUAUAUCUUUUGUAUGUCUACUACAUUUAACGAAUGAAAAGUCUUUGAAAGUAAAUGGUCAAGAAGAUAUGCUGGACUUUAUCAUAGACCCAUAGAUAAUUUUAUUUCUUUUUUGUUUUGUGUUAUUUAAAAUAAUUAAAGAAAUAAAAUCUA